AUGUCUCUGCGUCCAGUACAGCGCCUCUUGCGGCCAAAAGCAGUUUGCAAAACGCUACCGCGGCUGGCCGUGAGCAGGACCGCUUGCGUGCCUGUACAGUCUCUACACACGAGUCAAACCUACCUCACCGAUGGCGUCUACAAGGAGCUCGCAGAGAUGCGAGUGCGGACGCCCUGGAUUGAGGCACUACGGAGGAAGAGAGAGCAGGAACAAAACCCUACGGCAUCAAACGCCGAACCUGUCAAGGUCGACCUCACGCCGAAGAAGAUGUCGGAUAGUUAUGUCAGGAUGAUUCUGCCUCUAUCUCAAGACCCGUGGCUCCUGGACACCUACGCGAACUAUACCGGCCAGAUCCGCACCGGCAGUCUGCUCAUGGACUUGGAUGCAUUGGCCGGCGUUGUGGCGUACAAACACACAGGCGAAGGAGUGAGCAAUGUGACCGCAGCGGUUGACAGAAUCACCAUCAAGAACCCUAUCAAAGAAAUAUGCGAUCUGGAAUUGAGCGGACAAGUCUCGUUCGCGACCGGGAGGAGUAGCAUGGAGGUGACGCUGCAGAUCGCCAAAGCGCCGAAGGAGGGCCAGAAAGUGGCUCCGGAAGACAUCUUCAUGACUUGCGCCUUUACCAUGGUUGCGUUGGACCCGACUACAAAGAGACCGGUCAAUGUAGCUCCAUUGAUCGUCACCACACCAGCGGAAAAGGCUCUUUUCGCCAAGGGCGAGGAGAACUACAAGAAGAAGAAAAUGAUGAAGUCGUCCCAUAUCUUUGCCAAACCGCCUGACGCAGAGGAAUCGGCGCUGAUCCACAAGAUGUGGACGGAUUCCAUGGCGUAUCAGGAUUCGCGGAACCCAAAGCAUCAGCCGUCCAACGUCGUGGCGAUGUCCAAGUCGACGAUCCACAGCACGCAAAUCAUGCAGCCCAUCAACCGGAACCGGCAUGACUUUAUGAUCUUCGGUGGGUUCCUGUUGAAGACGAGCUUCGAAUUAGCAUUCACCUGCGCCGCUUCGUUCUCGCACACUCGGCCUCGCUUCCUGAACCUGGACCCCAGUACUUUCGAAGAACCAGUUCCUGUAGGCUCGGUGCUAUACGUGUCGGCCAGCGUUUCGUACACGGAACCGGACCCGACUGGUGGCACACGCAUUCAAGUCAUGGUGAAAACACACGUGAGACCCGUGGAACAUCAAGACAAAGAGCGCAAGUCUACGGGGACGUUCUACUACACCUUCUUCUCACCAGACAAUGUCAGCGUCCUGCCUCAGACCUACGGUGAGUUUAUGGAAUGGGUUUCCGGCAGGAGAAGAGCGCAGAGUCUUGCCGCCACUCUCGAGGCUGAUCAGCAUCCUAUUCUUGCCAAUCUGCACACCGAUUCGCUGAACGAGUGA